UAGUCUGAGGGCAGAAUUUAUUUCCAACCACUCAUCUGGCUAUCCCCACUGAGGUGUAUGCAGAUCUCAAGAGAUCUUUUACUAAUUACAUGAUUUUUGUGUCUACCUAGUCCUUGAAGUAACCCCUUUCCCAAGAAUUCCUAUAUCUAGGGCACAUACCCAGAUGGAUAAUUAAUUAUUAAAUAGAUGCGAGAACACAGUGUAAUAAGCGUCCCCACAUUGUUUAAGUUUAUUUAAGACCACAAUUAUUCAUUUCCAGACGAUGUCGAUCUCGUUCCAAGCAAGCUUCCAACCGGGCAUCCUUCAUAAUUAUGCACCAAAACUCACGGCUUUUGAAUAUGUGUCUGACCCAAACACCAAAGGUCACAAACCUCAUAGCUUAUUAUUCAUCGGCGGGUUAGGCGACGGUUAUUACACCGUGCCAUUCGUCAACGAUAUCACCGCAGGUCUCGAAUCUGGGAAAUGGUCCGUGUUUUCUGUGCAAUUAUCGUCGUCAUAUGAUGGAUGGGGACUGGGCAGCCUAGACAGAGAUGUCGACGAGAUCGGUAAAUGUGUUGAGUACGUGAGAAAGUACAAAUCUGCCAGUGCGUCUGGAAAAGUUGAGGAGCCGGAACCGGGCAAGGUUGUGAUAAUGGGGCAUUCCACCGGAAGUCAGGAUGUGCUCCAUUACCUCUAUUCCCAGAAUCCAGGUCCAGGGUCCACGGCUCUACGACCCCCUGUGGACGGAGCUAUUUUGCAGUCUCCCGUUUCGGAUCGAGAAGCCAUAAUGAAUAUCAUAAAAUCGGGGAAUGCUCAUGACUCCCCGGAGGAGCUUACUGAGGUAUAUAACAAACUCGUAUCCUUGGCAAAGAGCCAAAAGGCCGUUGGGGGAAUGGAUGCUCUCAUGCCUCUUUGGAUGAUGGGGAAGGUAUUCUUCCCGGCGGCCGUCACCGCGACAAGAUUUCUGAGUUUGGCAAGUCCAGAUAGCCCCGACGCUCCAACGGAGGACGAUCUAUUUAGCUCCGAUCUUACAGACGCUAGACUUCAAGAGACGUUUGGUAUGAUUUCGUCUGGCGGGCUGUUGAAGAAAUCACUUCUCGUUCUGCCAGGUGGUGCCGAUGAAUAUGCAGCUCCUUGGCUCGAUAAAGAAAAGCAACUGGAAAGAUGGAAGGCGGCAACGGUGACGGGCUCGUCAAAUCCGGACAUCUGGGACACGAAUAGCGGCAUAGUCGUUGGAGCUACGCACUCGCCGAGCGGGCCAGAUCAAUCCCAGGCGCGUGAGGACUUGGUUUCAAGGGUUAAAGGCUUUUUGGCGAAUAUUGAGAGAUAGGGUUGGUAUUUCCUAUGCACUAUUCUAUGGUCGGGGAGACUAGAGCAACAGUGAGUGCGGGACAAGGAUUGCCGCAGGAUUCCCGGAGUAGAUUCAUGGAGUUCGCUACAUCCCAUAUUGACCGAUACCUCGACCAUGCUCUUCUUUUAAAGUACUGGAAUCAAAUUAAACAACAAUAAAAAUUGGUUAUGAUAAUAGUGCAGCUGAGCAAUAGGACGAUAUGUAUAAUCGCAAAUUAUAAAGGGGUAUUAUUUACAAGCAGAUAAAGCGACCACUGAAAUAUUUUGUAAACACUCAAAACGAAACCUGGACCUAAAACCUGUUUAUGACAUUUAGCUCUGACAAGAAAGCCCCAUCGUCCGUUUCCUAAUACCCGUUAUGUGUAGAUGCAAAAAGACAUAGUUGCCCCGACCCUGAAGUAAACAGAUACGAGGAGAAAAGAAGGAAAGGGGCCAAACAAAAGGAAUUGACUAAACUUUCAGCCAAAGCGAGAAGACCCCUUUUAAGUACUCUACGAUCUCGUCACCACCAAGUUUGCUCUCACCAUAAAGACGAU